AUGAGCUCCCAGCAAUUCCCAAGACACGGGCUGCCCACCUCCAGUCCAGGGGGGGCUUCCCUUAUGCCCACCGGUGGAAACCUGGUACCCGUCAAUCAGCCGUCAAACCCGCCAGCCGGAGCUGAAGCUGUGGACGGCGACCAGCAAGAGCAUCCGCCGGCAGGAGGCAGCACGGGCACGGUGGUUUUCCGGGACGAUAAGCAGGAGACCAUGGUGGUCCGUCCGUACCCGCAAGUGCAGACGCACGGGCCGCCGCAGCCUGCCCCACAGGCGCUUCCCAUCCAGCCCGGCGGCCCUCCUGUGGCGGUGCCUGCACCGCCAGUGCACCUGCCGCAAGGCCAGCCCGCAGUCCUUACAGAUGGACAAAUGAAGGCGGUCCUGAAGUCCCCUAUGCCGAGCCGCCUAAUUGCUCCCGCCCCGGCUUCCAACCAGGGCCACAUCCCAAUGCCCCCCAAGGUUCCCGUCCACAUGACGUCCACCCCGGAGAGUAGUAGCGCUACCACGCUUUCUAUUCCUGUGGCCACUAUCAGCGGACAACAGGGUCACUCCAGCAACUUGCACCAUCUGAUGUCAGCCAACAUCCAGAUCAUUCGUGGCAGCGCCCCCACGUUGCAGAUCGGAACUCCCGCCGUCCCGCCGCAGACCUUCACAUCACAUCUACCGCGAGGUGCAGCUGCAGCCGCAGUCAUGUCCAGUUCCAAAACAGUCUUGCGACCGGCCACCGGAGCAGGUGCAGGUCCGGGUCAGCCUACUGUGCAGCACAUCAUCCACCAGACUAUUCAGUCACGUCCUGCGGUGACGACGUCCACGGCCGUGCUUCCCACCGUAGUGGCCCCCAUCUCAGCCACGAGGACCCAAUCCCCCGUCAUCAGUCCAACCGCUACGCACUCUGCAGAUGUCGCUCACGGGCGACCAGGCCUGACCAUUCACCCGCCGCCGGCCAGCGUCAGCAUCCAAAGGCCUCAAGCAUCACGUGACACGGCCACGCGAAUCACGCUGCCGUCACACCCGGCCAUUGGUACUCAGAAACCCCAGCCGCCGCACACAAUGACGCAGAAGCCAAUCUUCAGUACGGUCACACCAGUCGCUGCAGCCACUGUGGCACCCAUCGUUGCUACCAACACGGUCCCCUCAACUACCUCUAUAGGUACAGUCCCCCACACUCAAAUCAGCAGCAACACUAUUGUUACCAUGACGAUGGCCUCCCACUCGUCGCACGCCACCGCCGUAACCACCUCCGCCAUCCCCGUCGCCAAAGUGGUGCCCCAGCCCAUCGCCCACUCAUCGUCCCGUGUGCAGCCUGACUACCCCGGAGAGAGGACCAACCUCAUCCCAAUUCAGGGCCAUCGCUCUUCGCCCAAUCCCGUUACAAUGGAGCCGAGAAGCGAUAACAGACCUCCUGUUCCAGUCCAGUUCCAAUAUUUCCUGCCGACGUACUCGUCAUCAUACCCGCUGACUCACACCUACACGCCAAUCAGCAGUUCUGUGUCCACUAUUCGGCAGUAUCCCGUGACUCCCCAAGCACCGAGUUCGGCGCUUCCCGCCCAGGCUGGUGUGGGAGUGGCCACCACAGUGCACCUCAACCACAUGCAGCUAAUGGCGGUGGACCGCAUCGGCCUGCCGUCUGCGUCCAUAACCACGCAGGGAAUCCAACCGGCGCCCAUCGCCGCACAGGGCAUACAGCCGGCGCCCAUUAGCGUGCAGGGUCUACACCCGGGGCCGGCUUCCAUAGGCGCGACGGGUCUCCAGCAGGGCGCCGGCCCCCAGCAGCAGCCGCCCGCUGAAGCAAAACCUGGUGUGGUGUUGGCCGACGGCUUUGUAGCCAACCCGAUAAACAGUACCACUCAGCCGGUGGGCACCAUGGUCCAGGCUCACGGCCAGGGAGGGGCGCCUACACUUGUGUCCUCGCCGAGACCCAGCAUCCUGCGAAAGAAGACUACCACUGAAAGUUGUGUUCGUAAGACCCUAAUUCCAGCUCAGCCCAGUGAACCUAGCAACGUCAGAAUUGAAAGCAGCGUGAGAGGGGCCGGCUCCCCUCGACCUGCAGGAGUCAAAACCAAAACUGAGAUGCACAUGGCAGUGGCCCCUCCCGUCAUGGCCGCCGUGGACGCGCUGCCCCCGCAGCCGGGCGGCGAGCAACAAGCGAUGGCGGCGUCGGCCACCCCGCACCUGGCCCAGGCUUUGCCGGCCAUUUUAGGCACACCGGGGCCGGCGCCGCCCUCGCAGCCCUCCGCGGUGCUCUCGGGACUGCCCGCGGCUGUUGCGGUGACCCCGCCCACGCAGGCAUCCGUUGCCAACACAGUGGCGUCGCCCACGCAGCCGCCCCCCAGCAGCACCGCCGCCUGCGUAGCCAGCUGCCCCGACGUCAAGCUCAAGCAGGAGGCGGACAACAUCAAUGCCUCGCAGCCAGACCCGAACGCCAACGCGGCACUGAGUGCCCAGGUCUCCGCACUGAACGUUCCUCCGGCAGGAGAAAUGAUCCCUGGGGCGUCCCCGAGGAAGAAGCCUCGAAAGCAGCAGCACGUCAUCUCCACCGAGGAGAACGAGAUGAUGGAGACCAACAGCACCGACGAGGAGAAGGCGCCCGGGAGGCCCAUCACCGGCAGGGCCGAGCGAAGAGAGUCUCCCCCUAGGGAAUACGUUGACGAGGAAGGUGUACGCUACGUCCCCGUCAGGCCCCGACCUCCCGUCACUCUUCUACGGCACUACCGUAACCCCUGGAAAGCCGCCUACCACCACUUCCAGAGGUACAGCGACAUCCGGGUCAAAGAAGAGAAGAAGGGCACUUUACAGGACAUGGCUAACCAGAGAGGUGUGGCGUGCCGAGCGCAAGGCUGGAAGAUUCACUUGUGUGCCGCCCAACUCAGACAGCUGUCAAAUUUGGAGCACGACGUGUACAGCCGGCUGUCCUCCCUGCAAGAGGGCCUCAUCCCCAAAAAGAGAGCAAGCGCAGAUGACGACCUACACCGUAUUAACGAACUCAUACAGGGCAACAUGCAGCGCUGCAAGUUAGUAAUGGACCAGGUAACAGAAGCGCGGGACACCAUGAUGAAAGUUCUGGAGCAUAAGGACAAAGUUCUGAAACUGCUCAACAAGAACAGUGCCGUCAAGAAGUCGUCCAAGCUCAAGCGCAAAGAGCGGGCGUGA